UCAAAUUAAAAUAAAUUGGAAUCGAUUAUUAAUAGCGUAGGUUUGAUGAUAAAACGUGUCAAUAUCUUUAUUGAUCAGAAAUAUUAAAAAAAUGAAUUCCUGUCUUGUAAAAAUUAAUGUUAUUAUUUCCUUUUAGCGUGUGUAAUAUUUAAUUAUCUCGGUUAGAUACGGAAUAUGCUGUGAGUUCUACCUGUUAAAAUCAUAUAAAUACGCCGACAACAUAGAAAUUCUUAACAGAUUUAAUAAAGACAUCAACGAAUAUGAAGCUUACGUUGGAGUUAUUUAUAUUUGCUUUUGCUUUUUCUCCAAUUAUUUGUUGGCACGAUUCAACAAAUGUUAGACCUGCGGAUCCUUACAAAGCUCUUAUACAGUCCAAUGGACGAUACUGUGCCAUGAGCGAUGAUGAUAGGGAUGAUGUUAAUUUUUGCUUGUUGGAAAACAGAAAUUUUCUUUUGUUGGAAUUCUACAAAAACUGUAUUCAGCAACUGAAAUUCUUUCAAACUAUGGCAGAAAUCAACAAUUUCAUUUGUCAAUCCAGACAAACAGCGCCACGAGUAUAUGCAAAAUUUAUUAAAUGUUUUGCUCCAGCUAAAUAUAUUUUAAGUUUUGACGACCCGAAAUUGUAUCCUACUUUGAACAAAUGUUACAACCAAAUAGAAAAUCGUUCACAGAAAUCAAUAACAUUAGAUCAUCCACAUCAACAGAAAUCAAUAACAUUAGAUCAUCCACAUCAACAGAAAUUUGUAUUGAUCUAAAUUGUUCUUAAUGAUUGCUGUUUAAGUUAGAUUGCCA